AGUGCCCGCGCCACCGCGGGACAGCUGCGCUCGGACCGGCAGCCCACCCAGCAGGAGCCACUAUGUCACCAUUUCUUCGAAUUGGUUUGUCCAACUUUGACUGCGGGUCCUGCCAGCCAUGUCAAGGAGAGGCCGUUAACCCUUACUGCGCUGUGCUGGUCAAGGAAUAUGUUGAAUCAGAGAAUGGGCAGAUGUACAUCCAGAAAAAGCCAACCAUGUACCCGCCCUGGGACAGCACUUUUGACGCCCAUAUCAACAAGGGAAGAGUAAUGCAGAUCAUCGUGAAGGGCAAAAAUGUGGACCUAAUAUCUGAAACUACUGUCGAGCUCUACUCCCUGGCUGAGAGAUGCAGGAAGAACAACGGGAGGACAGAAAUAUGGUUAGAGCUGAAACCUCAAGGCCGAAUGCUAAUGAACGCAAGAUACUUCUUGGAAAUGAGUGACACAAAGGACAUGAGUGAAUUUGAGACUGAAGGCUUCUUUGCUUUGCAUCACCGUCGAGGAGCCAUCAAACAGGCCAAAGUCCAUCAUGUCAAGUGCCAUGAGUUCACCGCCACCUUUUUCCCACAACCCACGUUUUGCUCCGUCUGCCAUGAGUUUGUCUGGGGUCUGAACAAACAGGGCUACCAGUGUCGACAAUGUAAUGCAGCAAUUCACAAGAAGUGUAUUGAUAAAGUUAUAGCCAAGUGCACAGGAUCAGCUGUCAAUAGCCGAGAAACCAUGGUUAUUGCAUGUGGCAUGAACGUGCAUCACCGAUGCCAGACAAAGGUGGCCAACCUAUGUGGCAUAAACCAGAAGCUGAUGGCCGAAGCACUGGCAAUGAUUGAGAGCACCCAACAGGCUCGCUGCUUAAGAGAUACUGAACACAUCUACAGAGAAGGUCCAGUUGAAAUUGGUCCCCCAUGCUCCAUAAAAGGUGAAGCAAGGCUGCCCUAUGUACUGGCAUCAGGGAAACGAGAGCCUCAGGGAAUCUCCUGGGAGUCUCCCUUGGAUGAAAUGGAGAAAAUAUGCCAUCAUCCAGAACCUGAGCCAAACGUAGAAAGACCAUCUCUACAUAUGAAGUUAAAAAUCGAGGAUUUUAUCUUGCACAAAAUGUUGGGGAAAGGAAGUUUUGGCAAGGUCUUUCUAGCAGAAUUCAAGAACACCAAUCAAUUUUUUGCAGUCAAAGCCUUAAAGAAAGACGUGGUUUUGAUGGACGACGAUGUUGAGUGUACAAUGGUAGAGAAGAGAGUUCUCUCCUUGGCCUGGGAGCAUCCAUUCCUAACGCACAUGUUCUGUACGUUCCAGACCAAGGAAAACCUCUUUUUUGUGAUGGAAUUUCUCAAUGGAGGAGACUUGAUGUACCACAUCCAGAGCUGCCACAAGUUUGACCUUCCCAGAGCCACGUUUUAUGCUGCUGAAAUCAUUCUUGGUCUGCAGUUCCUCCAUUCCAAAGGCAUUGUCUACAGGGAUCUGAAGCUAGAUAAUAUCCUGCUAGACAAAGAUGGGCAUAUCAAGAUAGCGGACUUUGGAAUGUGCAAGGAGAACAUGUUAGGAGAUGCCAAGACGAACACUUUCUGCGGGACCCCCGACUACAUCGCCCCGGAGAUCUUGCUGGGUCAGAAAUACAACCAUUCUGUUGACUGGUGGUCCUUUGGCGUCCUCCUCUAUGAAAUGCUAAUUGGUCAGUCACCCUUCCACGGGCAAGAUGAAGAAGAGCUCUUCCACUCCAUCCGCAUGGACAACCCCUUUUACCCCCGAUGGCUGGAGAGGGAGGCUAAGGACCUUUUAGUGAAGUCCCUAUUAAAUCUAUUCAGUACAGUCCAUCUUCCCCCACUCCUGGUGGAAAACUUGGACAGGAUGCAUGACUUUUCUGCUCAUUCCUAG